AAUUCAGUAUACUGUGAGCGCUCGUGAGAGGUGGACGUAGCGCGCGACGCUCCGGUAACCUUAAGUCUGACUUGCGUCGAGAGCGUUCUGAGAAAGACUGGUUUUAGCAGUGUGUGAUUUAUUUAUUUUUGUUUAUUAUUGAUUUGUGGUGCGAGCACAAACGGCGUUAUUUAAUGUCUUUCACGACGCGUUUGUGAAGCAACUUCAGAUAAAAAUGAUUACGUUUUUAGUUCUGCUCAUAGCGGCAUCUUCAGUGUCAUGCGUGUGUUACUUCCCAAUGGAAUACCAAGGCAUAUUCGCCACCCAGUCGAGUAUCUCCACGAUUUCGGGUGGGUCAGUCCACCAGUAUUCAGAGGUGACCAUCCUACCGGACGCCAUCCCAGUGUGGGGCGUCUGCCACAAGAAGUUCGACAAUAACGUCGUCCUGCGGGAUCCUACAGGAGGUCAGGAUUGUUUCAGAUGCUUCCACGUGUCCCUACACUCCGGAAAUGUCAUCCAGAUUUACACGGAAGGCCUAAACAAGUGCUACUCGACGGAGGAAGCUGCCGUGCAGACGUGCCCGACGAUGCACGACAUCCAAAUCAAGAGAGCGAGGGAGAUCAUGCUUUACAAAUCCCGGAGUUUCACCCAAGACGGGCUGAUCGAUCGCGUCUUCUGCCCGAUCAACGGUCGCUACCGCUUCACUUACGACGUGAACGACGGGACGGAGAGCUCCGUCGAAUGCCCAGACCCGACGUCCGAACUCUCCAACUGCCCCAAGGGUUCCGAACUCCAGCUCAGGUUCCGCAGAUGCUCCUUCGGGGAACUGACCAUGGGCCUGAGAUGCCUCGGGGACUGGGAAGGACACGACGGGAAGAAGUACCUCGCCCUGUGGGAUCCCGAGGUGACGACGGACAACCAACGAUACCGAUGCGCUAUGUACUCGGUAGAAGAGACUACGGGACGAGUCUACCUAAGCUUCAGCAUUGAUGCCACCUGCACCAAUCACCUCCACAGCCCGUGGGACGGGUACGAAACCAUGGUCCUCACGCCCGUCACGCCCAUGUCUCCGCCCGCGGUCGCCCAGACCAAUUCCUGCACGUUCCCUCAGUGGGCGAGGGGGACUUUCCAAAAUCUUCAGAUCGAAGAACACGAUUUGUGGCUUCAAGACGACACAGCGGACAAGAAGUACAAGACGCUGUGUCUCUCUCAGCACGCCCCCCACGGGGAGCGGUACGCCCUAUACUCCCAGACCCAGUGCGGAGAGGAAGAAUUCACGUGUAUUUGGAUCAAGAGAAGGGCAGCCAAUGUCAUCGAGUAUCAGAUAUCUUAUCCAAGCCAAAUCUACAACGCAUCGAGGGUGUGCUCCGACGACAUGUUUCGCGGACAAGUCUGGAACACGCAAGGACGCCUGGACCCAGAAAACCAGAGCAGCUGCCCCAUAACGGGAGAGUACACGGGGGUCAUCCCAGAUGCUAAGGAACUGUGUGCCCGUCUUUCCUCUGACUGUGACGACCCCCAGCAUAUGUAUUACACUGUGUCCUCCUGCUUCAACGCUUCCGAAGUCUACGAGGACCCCGACGGCAUCAGCGUGGUGGGCGACGAAGGCCACGACGAUGUAGCCCUACGCCACCGGAGGAGUCGCUUGUACCGAAUCACAGACCCGAGGUCCCUGCUCUCCCGAACGACGAGGCACGCCCACCGCCACGGCGGAGGGGGCGGGGGCCCCCGGAGGCCUUCGUGGGCGCACGUCAGGGCGGCCGAGCUGGGCAGCUGGUCUUCGGAGGCGCAGUUCACGACCAUCGGGGCGAACAGCCGAAGACGCCACAGGCACCAGACGGUGGAAGAGGUGUACGUCUUUCCGGACGUCCCUGCCGACCCUCCGCCUCUCCCUCCACCUCCUCCUCCAGCUCCUCCUCAACCCAAGAAAGCAGCCCGAACGAGCCUGCACGCACAGCCUCAACACCACCAAGAUCGGCACUUGGGCGUUGAAAUCUCCGCGGACGUCAACUCCAUGCCUCAGAGGGACCGUCCUCACCACCGUGAGGAAGACAGGCCUUUCUACGUCCGGAUAGAGGACGAGGACUCCGCGUCCCCUUGGCAUCACCUCAAGGGCAUGGGGCCUGUGAUCAUUGAAGAGCGCGAGUACCGGUGCCUAGGGCAGUGGUCAGAGGGAGGGGUCAUGUACACCUUCACGCAUAGAGAAGACGUCAACAUCUACGAGUGUUUCGCCGGCGUCGUGGUCAACAGCCACGAGAUCUUCAUCAUCGAAGCUGGCACCAGCUGCCAGAGGGGGCUCCAGCCCCUGGCGCAUGGAAUGAAGCUCGUCAGGCAAGCAACCUGCAGCGAAAUCAAGGAAAGGAAGGAAGCCACGGCCCCUACUCCUACAGAUCCUUCAUCCUCCAGGCCCCCCUGGUGGCCCCCCACCACGGGGAAUCCCUGGCUCAAGAAAGUGUCCUCCACGACGGAGCAUCCUACCUGGAAUAAUGAAAUUUCCAGGGCGGCGCAUUCCAGCAGCGCGCCGCGAUCCUUGAGACUGUGGACGCGUCUAGCGGCCACGGGGCUGCUCCUGGUAGCGCUAUUGUGAUGAUCAGGCCGAGGAGGAAUCUUCACUGUUUCACCAUUCAUCACAUCACAUCAUCGUCAUCUUCAUCAUCAUUAUCAUUAUCACCAGUAUCACUAUCAACUUGUGGAGAUGUCAUCACAGAACAAGACUGAAGGAGGAGAAUUUCCCCCCCUCUGGAUUUUUUUUUUCUUUUGCCCCCUAGAUCUAGGGAGUUGUCCCCAGACCAUUUUGGCUUCGAUGCCGAGGGCAUGGCGUUUGAGAUAUGAGGGAUAUUGCUAGGAAAAUGGAGGGCAUUUUUAAUUACUGUGAGAGCUGCCAAUGCAGGGCAAUGCCCAAAGGGGUCAGUGGACAUAUCGCAAUAAUGGAUUUCAAAUGCUCUGUAAUACAACAGCUUUAAAAGACCCCUCACUGUGUUAAUACAAGAAAGAACAUUCAAGUCAAACCUUCUGUUCCCUUAAAAACUAAACAUUUAAAAGUAAACGUUUUUUUAACAGUGCCAAGACCGAGAAGAAGCUUCUUCGACAAUUCAAAACAACCUUUCACGAAAAGGUUCCAGCUGUCCCAAAACUCAAAACUCUUGGAAGCAGCAGCACAAAAAAUUCGCAGAGCGACAGAAGAAAAAAAAUUGACGAAAGGUCGCAACCUCUGCUAACCAUCGGAUGCCGUAGAAAAUAAAAAUAAAAAAAGAAGAAAAAAAGAUAAGUACUUUGUGGCAUGCACACGGUGACUUUACAAAAAAUUAAAA